AUGGCAGCUUCCAGGAAGCUGCCAGCACUCCUUGUCUAUCUUUUCUUUUUUGCACUCAAUCUUGUUAUCUUUCCCAUUCUCUGCGCGUCAGUUGACGUAGAGAAUGUUGAGUCUAUCUUUUCCAGAUCUCUUGUGCCACGAGAGCAGAGCGCAGCCGCCGGUGCCUCUGGCUCUGGAGAUUUCAGCUGCGGUCCAGACAAGCCCUGCUCCAACAAGGCUUGUUGUGGUAAGGAUGGCUGGUGCGGCUUUGGAGACAAGUACUGCGGCAAAGGCUGUCAAUCUCACUGUGACGCCAAAGCUGACUGUGGUGUCAACGCUGCUAAGCCAGGCCAGACCUGCCCUCUGAAUGUAUGUUGCUCUCAGUAUGGCUUCUGUGGAACUACUUCAGAGUUCUGUGGUAAGUCUUGCCAAUCGAACUGCAGCCAGCCUAAGCCCCAGUCAUCACCUACAAACGUUCGGAAACGUGUAGUUGGUUAUUGGGAAGCAUGGAACGAUCAGCAUGCGUGCGGUAAGAUGGGUAUUGGUUCAAUCCCUGUGAACUACCUCACGCAUCUUAUUGUAUCUUUUGGAUACAUCGACUCGAAUUUUCGUGUCACAAACAUGGAUGGUCUGAGUUCAGAUGUUUAUAGGAACGUUGGUGAACUGAAGGCCCGGAACCCGGGGCUGAAGAUCAUGAUUGCAUUGGGAGGCUGGACUUUUAAUGAUCCCGGCCCUUGGCAAAGCGUAUUUCCCACCAUGGUAUCCAGUCAAGCGAAUCGUGCAACAUUUAUCCGUAACCUCUUGGGGUUCUUGUCAGAAUACGGUUAUGAUGGGGUUGACUUCGAUUGGGAGUAUCCCGGAGCCAAGGACCGUGGUGGCUCUGACAAGGAUGGAGAUAACUAUACUGCACUUCUCAAAGAGCUUCGUGAGGCUUUUGCUGCGAGCGGACGAGAUUAUAUCUCAACUUUCACAGCCCCUACCUCUUACUGGUACCUUCGCCAUUUCGAUAUCAAGAACAUGUCAGAGCAUGUUGAUUGGAUCAACCUCAUGCAUAUCGACCUUGCUCUAGAUCUGUUCUGGCGCGUUGAUGUAAAACCUUCAAGCAUUGUUUUGGGCUUGGGCUUCUACGGCCGAUCGUUUACUCUCGCUUCAAGCUCGUGUUGGAAGCCAGGCUGCGCCUUUACUGGUCCCGGCGCUGCGGGACCUUGUACCAAUACGGCAGGAAUCCUGUCCUACAAAGAGGUCAAGGAUAUCUUGAGAAGCACUGGCGCCACUUCAUACCUUGACAAAGAGGCAGCUGCGCGAUAUCUGGUCUACGCUGGGGACAGCUGGAUUUCCUAUGAUGAUCCGUCAACUAUCCAGGCCAAGAUCGACUAUGCCAAUAAGAUAGGACUGUCUGGAGUUAUGAUCUGGGCUAUCGACCUCGACGAUAGCAGCCUUGAGUCGCUCCGCGCUGUGUCAGAUCCUUCCUUGCUCGACAGUGUAGACAGCGGCUUUGACCUAGUCGACUUGGAUAAGCUGUUCCCCAAGCAGUAUCUCCCUGCCUCUGGAAGCAAGCCAUCGUACGGUUUGGUAACAUUUGGAGGUUCUGACGGAACUGAUCCUACCUCAUCCGCCUUUGGCUUCCUUCUUUUGGCGGGUGAUUCACAUGUCGUCAGCAGCCUCCGCAAACGAGACGGCCAGCCCGAGCCGUUUGUCUUCCUUGACUGUCCCGAGGAUAUCCUCGAUCUUCCCAAAGAUGCUGCCCGUACUGCGCGUGUUACGUGUGUUAGUGGCGAUCUGGAAGGGUGCUACCAGAUCAUGGAGCGUGGCGUCGAGGGAACUAUUGUCGAGAUGCCUGAUAGCUGCGCUCCAAACCAGCUUGUUCGGGCCAUCUCUCUCACGGCAUCCAAAAACCAAUCUAUUCCCGAGGCAUUCUCGCAUCACCAACGCUUUUCCCAGGUUUUCGACUUUUCCUUCGAUUUCAACUUCAAGCUCAUGCGCCGGGACUCCAACAACACCAGCAUCCGCAUGGACUACUCCAACACUCCUGGGUACUGGGACCAGCUAGUCGAUCGUCCUGGUAUCCAGUCUCGAGAUUUACAGCAUCUCGACGAGCGAUUCUUUGCACCAUCUGACCUUGAAUGGAACUCUGUCUACGACGACACAGACAAGUUCAAGUUUGACCCGGGAUCUGCAACCAAGAUCAAGAAGGAUUUGAGUGCACCGCUUUACUGGCAGACUGUUGAUGGGUGCGCCAUCAAUGGAACCGAUUAUAGCGAAGGCUUCGGUGCUUAUGUCAAUGGCGAAAUUGAUGCUUCCUUCUACUACGGAUUCUCUUUAAUUGGAACAGAAAAAGGCGGAUCCUGGGACGCCAAACAAUCUCAUGGAUUUCUCCAAGUCCGAGGCCAGAGCGACAUGACCUUCGGUUUUGGCGGUAUCGGUACCGUUGAUGUUACGAAAGCAGGCAAGGGAAAACCUGCCACUUUGGACAAAGACAGCAGAGUCAAUCUUGAUGGCCAUGUUAUCAAUGCAGGUCAUACCAGUGGCUUGGCUUCAUUCCAGCCGUACUACGAUGUUACUUACCAUCUUGCUACAUUCAACGGUACUGACCGCGACAACGAAAACCCCGCUGCAUCUUUCAACGGACGUCUGAGCGCUCGUGUUGUCUCUGACUUUGGAAAGUUACAGGCGGACUUUCCUGUCAAGGACGACCACAAUGACCCGGAUAAGUUUGGGAACAAGCGCAAGAAAGACCAGUUCGAGUUGGGUAGCAACAAUGUGCUUUACGGCUCUCCUGAAAACGGUGGCGCUAUUACAAUCGGCAGUCAGGUUACCUUUGGCCUCAACAUCGAGUUUUUCCUGUACAGAGACCUAUUCCAUGUCGAAAGUGGAUUGCCAAAUCUCUCCCUCUCCUACAGCACCUUAUCAACUUUCACCUUCGGCCCGAGUAAGAAAAGUUCGGAUGAGUCGUGCGCCAAGUACGAACUCUCGACCGAUAUCCUCCAAUUGGCAAACAAUGCGGAGUCCAUCGGCUGGGACGCGCUAGAGGGCUCUGCUCGUCUUGUUUCAGAGACGCAAACGCCAGAAAAUGGAGCGCAAUGCUUCAAAAACGCCGAUAUUUCUACUGCUUCCAGGUCUGAGCGCACGCCAAAUCCCUUGUCCUCUGACCCAGACUUUAACGAGACUCUUCUAUCUGAUGCAGCAGAAGACGAAACACGCCUGAUGUCUCUUGCUCGCCGAUAA